AUGUCCUCGUGUUUUGAAUCUAUGCCCAAUGAUUUAUUCAUGGAAUUAUUUGAUUAUUUUGAUGCUUAUAGUAUUUAUCAAUCAUUUUUUGGUUUAAAUUAUCGUCUUAAUCAAAUAAUUUCACAUUGUCAGAUGUAUGUUGAUUAUCAUCGAAUAACAUCCAGUGAAAAACAAAAGUGGUUUUUAGAAAAUCUCAUAAUAAAUCGUAUUCGUUCAUUAAAAUUAACUAAUUUAAAUCAAAUUAAAUUUCAAUAUCAACUAUCAUCUCUUCAAACAUUAAUAUUUAUUGCUAUGAAUGCAAAUGAUAUUAAACAAAUUUUGAAUUCUAAUCUAAUUCCAUUACAACAAUUAAAAUUUGUAUCUGUUAAUAAUUGUGAUGGUGGAAAGAAAGAUAAAGAUGAUGUAUGUAAACUUUUGUUAUCUGAGCACAUGUUAAUGUUAAAAGAAUGUAAAUUAGAAUUUAAAUAUGGAACCUCUUUUAAAUAUAUUACACCAACACCAUUAUUACAAAUUGAACGUUUAACUAUUAAUUGGUGUAGUUUAACAAAUUUAAUUCGUCUGUUUCCAUAUCUACCAAAUAUAAAAUAUUUAAAAGUGUGUAUACAAAGACGUGACAUAGCACCAUUUCAAUCAUCGUCAAUUGUUUCUUUGAAUAAUAUAAAAGAAUUGCAUAUCACAAUAUUCGAUGGUACAUACGAACGAAUUAUUCGUUUAUUGAAAUGUUGUGAAAGUUCAAAGUUAACUCGACUGAAAUUGUAUUUUUUCACAAAUAUUUACUCGAUGAUUGAUGGUAAACAAUGGGAAUCAAUACUAACACAAUAUGUACCAUAUUUAAUCACAAUAAAUCUGGAUGUUAUGUUUUCAAAAUAUAAUGUUCUCGUUACUUCCAUAAAUAUUGAUGAUUUGUUAUUAAAGUAUCAUUGGAUUGACAAACAUGAGAAAUGGCGCGUGAGAAUUGUAACAAAUCAUCGAAGCAAUGAAAUUCAUCUUUCGAUUAAAACCUUGUGA